AUGAAGCAUCCAAAAGAUGUAUCUAAGCAAGACACCGACAUCAAUAAACAAUGUGUUUUAGACUACAAAAAUGAAUUUAUCACAAACAAGAUAUUUGUUAGUCAUGAUGUAUUAAUAAGAUGGACUCGUGAACAAGGGAAAAGGAAUGGCUUUGUGAUUAUCAUUAAAAUGUCUGAUAUUGGAGGAGCUGAUAGCAAGACAAUACAUAAGCUUGAUCAAAGUUCAAACCCUCCAAAUCUACCAGGUGUGAACUGUGGUCCUGGAGAUGCAUGGCAACUUGAGGUUGUAUGUGGAGUUUAUAACCAUCCUGCAGCACUAAAUAUGGAAGGGCAUUCAUAUGCAGGGAGAUUAACUGUGGAAGAGAAUUUACUAGUGGUUGACAUGUCUAAGAGUUUGGCUAGGCCAAAGGAUAUACUAUAUACUCUAAAAUGUAGAUAUGGGUUGAAUGUGACCACAAUGAAGAGAAUCUACAAUGCCAGACAAAAAAGUAGGGUGAUUGAGAAAGCAAUGCUGAGAAAUAAGACAACUAUAGAUGGGCAUUGGCUAGACUGA